UUGACUGCUGAGAUUGGAACGCAGUUGAUGCGCUUGCAGCGAAUAUGAUGGGGACGGACGGAGCGCUGUCCGAGACGUUGUUCAGGCCGUGACGGCCUUGUCGAUGCUGUUACCGGGAAACGGUAGCCUCAUGGCAGGAGACGGUGCGAUGACGCAGCAAGCAACCGACAUGUCUGCGAUUUCUCCAGACCAAAACGCCACGGCUGCUGCGGUCGCUGCUGCUGCCGCCGCCCUGGUUGCUGGAUUCAACGAAACGGCCAUGCAGCAGAGUACGGACGCCAUGAUGACGCAGGACAAUGAAGCGCAGAUGAUGGAUAUUGGGAAAGGAGACGAUAGUCUAAUGGGAUCACCGCCACAGAGCAUGCAACAAGUAGUGACGGCUUAGACAAUUAGACAACAGCAGGGUGUGGACGAUGAUACAAAAGACUGACGAAUGUCGUUGAGAUUGCAUAGUACAGUGACAGUGUCAGUGCAAAAGACACCACAAGGGGACUCUCCAAAAUCAUGCGAGUGCAGUAUAUAUAUAUAUAUAUAUAUAUAUUCGAAGAAUGAAAAGCUAUUUUUAUGUCUGUACAAGAGAGAUGUGUGUAGAAUCGCUCAAGGACCCAAUCCAAACUUGAGCACUCCACCGGCCGUUAAAGCGUCCGCUACUGCCUGUUUGU